GGAGCGCCGAACCCGCAACGGCAGGUCGAACAGCCGCGGCCGUGGCGGGCGCGGCGGCAGCAGAGACUACUGAGGGGGACCCCGGCCUGGCUCCCGCGCCAGGGGGGAGCACGAUGGACGAAGCUGGCAGCUCCGCGAGUGGCGGAGGCUUCCGCCCGGGCGUGGACAGCCUGGACGAGCCGCCCAACAGCCGCAUCUUCUUGGUGAUCAGCAAGUACACGCCCGAGUCGGUGCUGAGGGAGCGCUUCUCGCCUUUUGGCGAGAUACAGGACAUCUGGGUGGUGCGGGACAAGCACACCAAGGAGUCCAAGGGCAUUGCCUUCGUCAAGUUUGCCCGCAGCUCGCAGGCCUGCAGGGCCAUGGAGGAGAUGCACGGCCAGUGCCUGGGCCCCAACGACAGCAAGCCCAUCAAGGUUUUCAUUGCUCAAUCCAGAUCAUCUGGAAGUCACCGAGAUGUUGAAGAUGAAGAACUUACAAGGAUCUUUGUGAUGAUACCAAAAUCUUACACAGAAGAAGAUCUGCGGGAAAAAUUUAAGGUGUAUGGAGAUAUCGAGUAUUGCAGCAUUAUCAAGAAUAAAGUCACUGGAGAAAGUAAAGGUUUGGGCUACGUACGAUACUUAAAACCAUCACAAGCUGCUCAAGCAAUAGAAAACUGUGAUCGAAGUUUUAGAGCCAUCUUGGCUGAACCUAAAAAUAAAGCAUCUGAGUCCUCAGAACAAGAUUAUUACAGUAAUAUGAGGCAAGAGGCUUUGGGACAUGAGCCUAGAGUAAAUAUGUUUCCAUUUGAACAACCAUCGGAAUUUUCAAGUUUCGACAAGAAUGACAACAGAGGCCAGGAAGCUAUCUCCAAACGCUUAUCAGUUGUAUCAAGAGUUCCUUUCACUGAAGAGCAGCUUUUCAGCAUCUUUGACAUAGUGCCAGGAUUGGAAUAUUGUGAAGUUCAACGAGAUCCGUAUUCAAAUUAUGGGCAUGGAGUGGUUCAGUAUUUCAAUGUAGCAUCAGCAAUUUAUGCAAAAUAUAAGUUACAUGGAUUUCAGUAUCCUCCUGGGAAUCGGAUAGGCGUUUCCUUCAUUGAUGAUGGGAGUAAUGCGACAGAUCUCCUUAGAAAAAUGGCAACCCAGAUGGUAGCUGCACAGCUUGCAUCAAUGGUAUGGAACAACCCAAGUCAGCAGCAAUUUCUGCAGUUUGGAGGAAGUUCUGGGACACAGUUACCUCAAAUCCAGACAGAUGUUGUACUUCCAUCGUGCAAAAAAAAGGCCCCUCCUGAAACUCCUGUGAAAGAAAGACUUUUUAUUGUGUUUAAUCCUCACCCUUUACCUUUAGAUGUCUUAGAGGAUAUAUUCUGUCGUUUUGGUAACCUGAUCGAAGUUUACCUUGUGUCAGGAAAAAACGUGGGGUAUGCGAAGUACGCAGAUAGAAUAAGCGCUAAUGAUGCCAUUGCUACUCUACAUGGAAAGAUUCUGAAUGGAGUCAGACUUAAAGUUAUGUUGGCAGAUUCCCCCAGGGAAGAAUCUAACAAGCGGCAAAGAACGUACUGACUCUUGAG